ACAUAACAUCAUGAGGUGUUUUUCUUGUUAGUUUCGUACCGUAAAUGUAUUAAGUAAGAACACUCUUAAAAUCAUUUUAGGACAUGAAAACAAACAUAUUUAAAUAGAUCUGUUAUUAAUAUAAAUAUUGUUACUGAUUUAUUCGACUUUUGUAGAUGACAUUUAUCACGUGAACAUUUGUUUGGAUUUAUUAGAUUUGUAUCAGUUUCUUUUUCCAAAUUUUGAUAUACUGCAGAACAAUUACAAGAAAGACAGCAAUGUUAGAUCAUUAGAAGUUACUGGAUUCAUGUAAAUGGCUUCUAAAGAAAACAUAUACUUUCUACGUUCCUUUUUAUUGUUUAUAGAAGGUGGCUUAUAUAUUUCAAAAGAAAUUCUAAGUAGAGAAUGUCAAAAGCCUGAUACUUACCUGGAUGAAUUAUUACAAAAAUAUAAACAGAAACUUAAACAUUCAUUUCACGUUAAUCAAUACCAGAAAUUGUAUCCGGAGUUUGGUAAAGCUGAUAUCAAGAACUGGGACUUGCAACUGUCAGUUGGUGUUUUGAUAAAUGUCUUUGGGAGAGACCUUAAAUCGGGUGAAAAGGUCAAGCUUAAACUGUUAAGAGAUUUAAGAAAUGAUAUUUAUAUGCACUGCACUACUGCUGCUCUAGAUGAAAGCAAAUAUGAAGACAUAAUAGAAGACUUAGGUGACAUCAUUACAACAUUAGCGUCAACGUUUGAUAUAUCAGUACAACAACGUUGUUCUAACUGCAUCAAGCAGUUUACUUCCGGACCAUUAGAUGCCGUAAAACCAUCAUUACAGACGUUAAAUGGAUUUAGCCAGUCGUGUCAAAAGAAGGUAAAAGUUGGUGUGCAAACAGAAUUGGUUAUAUGUGGUCCUUCUACAAACUGGAUAACUCUUUGUGAACAAACUCUUGAGACAAUAUUCAAUCAUGCUGAAAGCAUGGCAAGUGAAAAUGGGGGAUUUCAAGAAAUCCAAAAGAAUGUUAAUAGAAUGCUUAGCUAUUUGGAAAGCAAUAAAGCUGCUGUAUUCAAAGGAUGCGAAAGGAAAUGCAUCAUCCUGUUUUUUGAGUGCAAGGACUAUGAAAACUUCCUAAACUUUCUUCAUAAGGUAGAAUGUCAGGAAUACACAAGUUAUUUAAGGGACUUAUCAAAUUCCCUUCAUAGCUUCUUUAAACCAAGAAAUCCGAUAUCUAUCACAUCCAAAGUUACAUCCGAGUGUUUGCAAUCGGUAUUGAUUGAUAAUAUAAAAACUUCAUCAAAUGAAAAGGAAGAACAACGACAUAUUGUUCAAAUAUCAUCUGAAGGAAAUAUCCAUGACAACAAGCCAAUGGCACCACGUGAUGUAAAUACAGACAUGAAGCUGAUUGAACAAAACAAAACCACUCUGUUGCUGAACCUUGAAUUAAUACAUUGGGAAACGUUACCUCAAAUGCUACAAUCAUUCCAGGGAAAGCAAUUUUCAGAUAGCUUGACGAAGGUUGCUGGCUCACUUUCACGUCAUUAUGGGGUCGAAAUUACUCUCAAAUCAUCUAUGAAUGUCGGUGCUGUACUGGAGGCUUUAGAAGAAUCAGUGUCCAACGAAGUUACAUUAGAUAGAGAGGCCAUAAAGUCGGAGAGCAUCUAUGCAAAGACACCAAAAGAGAAUGAUGUUCCCUUAUUGCCAGAAGCAGUACAAACAGAACCUGAUAUUCUGCAAAAAGAUAAAGUUCAAGAAUCAUCUAGCUUAAACAUAUUGGGCCCUGCUAAGAUUGGAAGGCGACAUACUAUAGAUAUUGGGUUUGAAAAACCUGCAUCACAGUACUUAAAAGCCAAAGAAAUAUCUAGCUUUAACCUGUUGGGCCGCAUUAAAAAGGGGAGACGACAAAUCAUAGAUAUGGGGUUUGGAAAACCUGCUUUACAGCACUCAAAAGCCAAAGGUGUUCAAGCGAUGUUAAGGAAUUGUGAGUGCAAACACUCCGGUUACUUAUUACAUGAAACGAAAGAAAGGCUAGUUUGGUUCAAGAGCAAAAAGAGCAAAUGGGUUUUGAAAUAUUUCAUCAUCUCAAAAGAAUAUAAAGAAGGCUGUGUAUGGAACUUGUAUUGCUUUGUUAAAGAUUUGUCAAGUAAGCAAGAGUGGUCAAUAUCGAUGCGAGAAGUAGAAAGCAUCCUGGAAUGCAACAAGGGCAUUGUUGGGAUUAGAAUAAUAUACAGUGAUCCUGAGACACCGGAGCUGAUGCUAAAAAUUGAUACUGUAAAGAACAGAAAGAUAUGGUUGGAGAUGCUUAAAGAGGCCCAUGCAGAAAGCCAGCCGUUAUCUGCCGACAGUGGCUUUGGAAGCGGCGGUUCUAUCCCGAACCGGAACUCAAGACAUUUUGAUAAUCAAAGAGAUAGUGAAUACAUGUAUUCUAGAGUAAGAGAAAUUAAUGAUGACAUUAAAGGUACCUUGAAGGAAUCAGAACGUGCAUGUACAAUGGAAUUAGAUGACUGUAAAGAUGAUGUCUUGCGAAGACCUGCAGUAAAAUCUGGUACUGAGAAGUUAACGAAGAGUGAAAAUCGAAACAAAGUGAUAAUUGAUAACGGCAAAGAUAUGUCUGAUCUAUUACCGAAUGAAACUUGUUUGAAAUACGAUGAUGGCCUACGGGUAUUUGGUACGAAAGAUUACAAAUUGAGUGCAAAGGUUGAAGACACAGCUGCCACUGAUGAAUGUAACCGAAAUACAGAUAUGACAUGCGUGAAAGAAAAUCUCCAAUCUCCAAUUCAAGAAACCAAAUGCAACAGAUACUUUGAAACACAGCUGGCAACCACAGUACAUAGCAAACAUAAAAUCAAUAAUGCUAAGACAAUUGUUCACGCACAAUCUGGUCAGUUGACAAGCACCUUUAGAUCUGAUGACUACGAAAAUUUUGAACUGGGUCAAGAUGAGAAUACCCGUCCGAAAGUUAUUGAUGAUAAUGCAGAUUUUGAGACAUUGACAGACAGCGAUUCAUCAACAUUCAUGAGUGUUGCAGGUUGCUCAGACUCUUUUGUUUCAGUAGGACAAAGUAAACUUGGUUUAGAUUCACAUUUUAUAGGAACAUCAGAAGGCGACAAAAAGUCAGAUCAUGUUAUGAUAAAAGAGAAUACAUUCAAAUCAUUACAGGUGGACAAAGCUCCUGAAAAUGAAGGACAUAUACCAAAACAUUUAUCUUUACCUCAUAAUCAGGAAUAUUACCCGCCAGGUCCUUUAUCUGAAUCUAGCAAAGAAGAUCCAUCGUUUUCUGUACAAGGAAUCAAAUAUCAAGGUGCAGAAUCAUCGAAUGAUAUUUGUAGCAAACACAACGAGGAAAAUACGUCAGUGUUACCCACGGACAGUGGUGAUGUAAAUUUCCGUCAGGUGUCUACGUCUCAUUCACAACAAUCAAAAUCGGCAGUUACUACGGAAACAGAAAAUACAUCUCAAAGCUUAGAGCCCGGGUCAAAUAUAGAGGACGGGAAUAAUGCCUAUGAGAACAUCACGUUUUUCGAAAACAAAGAGCAAAAUAAAGUAUCUGUAAAUGAAAACGAAAUGAAAAGAGGCAGUAACAGCAGUACAAACAGUACAUCUAGUUCAGGUAGUUGUACGGAUAGUGUCACGUAUGAAAGCCCAGACGAGAGUGCACAUUACGAAAAUAUGAUUUUCUUACGAGAAGAAGAAUAUUUUUGCGAAAGAGAGGAAGACGUUAAAAGAAAUCUUCAAGACAAUCCACCUGGAACAUUUCUAAUUUGCAAGUCCGGAUCAAAGCAGAAAUUGUGGUUCGUCACCGAUAAUGGACGCAGGUUUUUCAAGAUUCAUCGACAUGGGGAAAAACUGUCGCUUUUCAAAUAUCCCAAGCCAGAAAACAUCUUUCUUAGUCUGAAUCAAUUACUUAUGUUUUACCAUCUAAACGAUUUGCCCUCUAACAGUUAUGAAUUGAAACUGGAACGAGCAUACAAGUCUGCCAAAAAGAUGUAAUGAAAUAUAUAAAGAAACUGCAAAGAGUUAACCUAUCUGACAAUUAUACUUAAUACAUGUAAACACAAACCAUAUAGGACUAACAUAGAUCUGACACCAGUUGAAAGAGAUGUGUUACCUAAAGUUACAGAUACUAGAGGAAAAACUAAAAAAUUAGUACAAAAGUGACCAAGAUAUGAUAUAUUAAAAUAUAUAUUGUUAAUAAACAGAAAUUAAAAAAAUUACAAUUUACCGAAAAGUUAGAUAAUACACGUAUAAGAUCUAAAGAAAAAGAUAGAUUAAUAAAUUUCGAAACGGAAAUAAAUGCACAGUAAAACUACCAAAAUUUUAUAGCUUUAGCUACAGCGCUAAGUGCAAUCAUAGAUUGAUACAACGAUCAGUGUAAAACUGUAUGCAGUGUAUGAAGUAAAAACGACAGAUUGAAGAUAAUGAUGAUGGUUGUUGUUUAUAUCGAGAGGUAUAUAAACUGAAGAUACAUUUGCAAAAAAGAGAUAGAUUGAAAAUCUAUUGAUUAUUUUUUUAAUGUUUUAACCUUAUUAUUGUUGAAUUAUGUGUAAUUUACUAUAUCGUUAAAGUUACUUGCAUUGUUUUUAUAGAAAUAUAUUUAUUUAUGUGAUUGAUGUUUCUUGCGACAAUUUCAUUACAACCAACCCAAGCAUUAAAAAAAACCCAAAGCAUUAGUUACCAGCCUUUAUAUUUAAAGAUAUAACAGAGGGUAACGAAAGAAAAGAAAACCUGGAAUCGUAAAGCAUGUAUUAUUAUUUGAUUCAGAUGCUAAUUAUA